UCAGAAUCAUGGCCCUCCCUCCUCACAACCGCAAAACACACCCCGCGCACCUCAACACCAAAACCCGACCUCCCUUCCCCAGAGCAACAAUCCCUCAUUGACUCCCUGCGGUCCCUGCCACUCACGAACCAGUCCCCAGACGCUGAUGCAGAGCAAUCCGAGCUAAAAGCAGCAAUCGCUGAUAUUCUAUCCGAGUAUGAGGACGAGGACGAGGACGAAUCCUCCCCCUCAAAUGAGAAUGAAAAACAACAAUGGGAAAACCUCCACGCCUUCCUAGCAUUCAUCACCAAGGAGCGUAUUGUCCGGUUAGAAGAUGUGGGGAUUCAUAUUCUGAGAGUUGCGCUGGAGAGGGGGACAGGGACAGGGACUGGUGUUGGUGUUGGUAUGGCCAUCUUCGUCUCCUGUGCGGCCAUCUGGGCGUUGAUCAUGGGCGAGGAACUAUGGGAAAGGAGGCAUGAGACUGAAGAAUUUCCCGUGGGAUUAUCACGGUCGCCUUUGCAGCGCGAUCGCUGGCAGAUGUGGAUUGAUCGGUUCCAGUUUCUGAGUCUGGCUGAAGACCUGGAUAUCAAGACUAGGGAAUUGGCUGCCGAGGCGGCCGCCGUGAUGCGUCGG